AUGGGGGAUAAAACCAAUCCUUCGUCCGCCUCUCAGUCUCCUAUAUCUUACUCUAUACCUUCCCCAAAUCUGUCACAUCAGUUACCAGUAAAGCUCACAUCCACAACCUUUCUGUUAUGGAAAACACAGUUUAUACCGAUGGUAUGCGACUGUGGACUCAACCAUCAUAUUGAUGGUAGUGAACCAGUUCCUGAUACUCUUUUAGAGGACAGUAAACCAAACCCAACAUAUAAAGUGUGGGUAAGAGAAGACCAACUUGUAUUAAGUUGGAUUGUUGCAUCAGUUUCAGAGGGAUCGAAGCCUCUAAUUCGUGAACUCAAGAUGCAGUUGCAUACUUUGCGUCGUGACAAUGCAAGCAUUAAAUCUUAUAUACAGAAGGCAAAAGGAAUUGCGGAUAGACUAGCUGCAUUACAACAUCCGAUUUCCAAUGAUGAUUUGGUUGAAUUUGUUCUUGCUGGACUAGGUCCUGUUUAUCGUCCUUUUACUAGAUCAGUAGAACCGCAUCAAGAAGACAUUACUUUUGAUGCUUUAUAUGGCCUUCUCCUGAAUGAAGAGCAACAAUUAAAAAGAGAUUAG